UACCCACAAUGCCUUGUUGCUGUUUCCGCCUCGGUACCCAGAACGCCCCGCGCGCGGCGGAAGUGACGCACGCGGAAGGCGGAAUGGAACCGCCGAGGGCGGAGGAGCUGCGGGAGCGGCUCCGGGAGCGGCUCCAGGCCGAGCACGUGGAGGUGCAGGAGAACCCCCGGCUCUGCCCGGGCAGUUUCCGCCUCGUCGUCGUUUCCGGAAAUUUCCGCGGCCUCAAAACCCUGGAGAGGCACCGGCUCGUUAACGAGGCGCUGAAGGAGGAGCUGGGCCGGAUCCACGCCCUGGAGCAGCGGACGCUGACGCCGGAGCAGUGGGAGGAGCAGCGCGGCUCAUUAGCAUAAAUUUGCAUAUCAAUUUCCGCCCCCCUGGCUGCGUUCGCAUGGAUUUGCAUAAAUUAUCUCUGCCGGGCUCUGAUUGGUUGAGGCCUCGCCCCUCUCGGGGCCUUGAAUGGAAGCUGAGGAGGGAGGACUCGACUCUCAUUUGCCUAAAUUUGCAUAAUGCGAAUAAACAUUCCUCGUUUUAA